UGUAUGUGUGUAUUUUCGCAGGGGGGAUGGGGGUCCAGCAAACACAUAAAUGACGCCUGUAGACAGUGACUCCAAAUCAGAUGCGACUGGCUUGCGGGAUCUUCGUAGCAACAUAACAUUUAAACCGACUUCUGCAACCCAAAGGAUUUAAACAAUCGCAGUCAUGACUUCAUCCGUUUCCUGCGCGCUCUUUCUGUUGAUAUCAAUCGUUCUCCCGUUGUCUUUUGCGUUAUCGGGGGAAUACUGUCACGGCUGGACGGAUUCCUUCAACUCUUGGCACCGGGGAUUCCAGUGUCCGGAGCGCUUUGACGGCGAGGACGCGCGCUACUGCUGCGGGACAUGCGUGCUCAGGUACUGCUGUACAUACGCGGAGGCGCGCCUCGAUCAGAGCACCUGCGACACGGGCUCCGAAUUUGAGAACACGGAUGACAUGAGAAAGAUGACAGAAAGUGUUCCAACAUAUCUCCCCUUUGUGAUUGUGGUGAGUGCGUUCCUGUCGUUCGUUCUGGUCGGUGCAGUUGUGUCUAUCUGUUGCUGCCAGUGUGUGAAACCCAAAGCGAGUGAUCGACCAACAGGGCCAUCCGCUGCUCAGACCAGCCUGUUGGAGUCUGGAGGACCCUCUGUGGACAGUUCCACCCCAUCCCGCACCUCCACUUCAGGCUCCUCCAUGACAAACGCUCGUCCUCCACCAUCUGAACUCAGCGUUAACCUCUACGGCCCGAUGGGAAACACAUUUCCAACUUCUCAGUCGCAGCAGUAUGUUCCUCCAGUCCCCCAGGGGGCACCACAGUUCUAUCAGCCCUACAUGAAUUACGCUCUCCCCCCAGAACGCAGCAUGUUGAUGGCCCCAGCGUUCCUAGACAGCCGUUCUGCAUUUGGGCAGGUACACGGGCAGCCUUUUCCUCAGGCCCCCAUGCACACGGAGCCCAUCUAUCCCACUGUCACUAUCUGAUGAUGUUUAUAAAGCUACUACUGGACUGUAAAACUCAGUGGGGCUGUACGCAAAGAAUAGGAAUGUCUCUUGAUUGUUUUUUAGUGUCUUGGAUGGUUUCCACAGACAUUUUCUGUACCCACAUACACAAUCAUGACUGACAUUAUGAUGGUCAUGGUUGGUACCUUUUUAUGUUGUAUUAAUGCUUCUCAUAGGAGUGUAUUUGGAUGAACACUUGAUUGUUUGCUCAGCAAUCACUGAUUGUAAUGUUAUUUAUAACAGAUUAGAGAAUAAAUUUAUUUUCGU